AGGAGCUGUCGGAGGGGGGAGGAGGGAGGGAGGAAAAAGAGGAGGAGGCGGAGGAGAACUGAGCUGAGCAGAGCAUCGAGCCAAAGGGGAGAUGAGUUUGUCUGUCCUCGGCUGAGGCUCCGGCCGGGCCUAGGGAAGUGGGAGCACGGGUUGGAGCGACACCCGUGGAAGUGGGAGGAGGUGGCUCUGGGACUUUAACCCCUUGUGGGCUCUGCGGCAGGGGAUUUAACCCUUUGUGGAUCCGGCCCCUCGGAGUCAGCGUCAUCGGGUAGUUUUAACCCCUUCGGGGCUGGGUUUAGCCCGUUGGAUUUAACCUAAUCUCCUUGCCCACCAACUCCUUGAUCGCGGGGGCGCUCUGCGGGGAGGCUUGAGGCCCACCCCCCUCUGCACAACACCUACUGUUCCUGCUGCUGCACCCCCUUGGACCCGCUAGCCGGCCGCGCUGUGGGCCCUUAACCCUUUACUGACUUGAGCGCCCCCAAAUUGCAACUGGAGUUUGCUGACAGAAGGACUGGCUGAAGGCAUCACUGCAGGAAUUACAGACCGAAGAGGACUGUGCUGGACAUUUUUGAAAGAAAACAAAACCCUUUUUUCCUUAAGGACUUACAGCCAAAAUUCUUCAAACUCCGAGAAGAGGAUUCUAUUAGUAAUGGCCGAGCCACUCUUGUCAGAGUAUCAGCACCAGCCUCAAACUAGCAACUGUACAGGUGCUGCUGCUGUCCAUGAAGAGCCGAACUUUGAUCGCCCCCCAGGCGCGGAGGAGCGGGUGCCCGAGGAGGACAGUAGGUGGCAAUCGAGAGCGUCCCCCCAGUCGGGUGGCUCUCCGGGGCUGGGCGGGGAAGGGAGCCUGGAGCUCCAGCCGCCUCCCGUGCAGACCCAGGUCUGCCCAGAAUCCAGCUGUCCGGAAGCGGGUGAGAAGGGCCAGAAUGGGGACGACUUGUCCGCUGGCGGUGCCCCCCACCCGGCGGCGGGAGGGGAACAGAGGCCGAAGGCCAACAAGUUGGGAGCUUCUACCGCAGGGGGCGAGGAGGCGUGGGGACAGCAGCAGAGACAGCUGGGCAAGAAAAAACAUAGGAGACGCCCCUCCAAGAAGAAGCGGCAUUGGAAACCGUACUACACGCUGACCUGGGAGGAGAAGAAAAAGUUCGAUGAGAAACAGAGCCUGCGAGCUUCGAGGAUUCGAGCCGAGAUGUUCGCCAAGGGCCAGCCAGUGGCUCCCUAUAACACCACGCAGUUCCUCAUGGAUGAUCACGACCAGGAGGAGCCGGAUCUUAAAACCGGCCUCUAUCCCAAACGGGCCGCUGCCAAAUCUGACGACACCAGCGAUGAGGACUUUAUGGAAGAAGCGGGCGAGGAGGAUGGGGGCAGCGACGGGAUGGGAGGAGACGGCAGCGAGUUUCUGCAGCGGGACUUCUCGGAGACCUACGAGCGGUACCACGCGGAGAGCCUGCAGAACAUGAGCAAGCAGGAGCUCAUCAAAGAGUACCUGGAGCUGGAGAAGUGCCUCUCGCGCAUGGAGGACGAGAAUAACCGGCUGCGGCUGGAAAGCAAGCGGCUGGGCGGCGACGACGCGCGGGUCCGGGAGCUGGAGCUGGAGCUAGACCGGCUGCGCGCCGAGAACCUCCAGCUGCUGACGGAGAACGAACUGCACCGGCAGCAGGAGCGAGCACCGCUGUCCAAGUUUGGAGACUAGACUGAAACUUUUGGGGGGGGAGGGGGGCAAAGGGGACUUUUUACAGUGACGGAAUGUAACAUUAUAUACAUGUGUAUAUAAGACAGUGGACCUUUUUAUGACACAUAAUCAGAAAAGAAAUCCCCCCUGGCUUUGGUUGGUUUGGUAAAUUUAGCUAUGAUGUAGCUUGUGUGCUUUCUCCUGUUCUUUAAUUAUGUGAAACUGAAGGGUUGCUUUUCUUGUUUUCCUUUUUAGGAGUUUUUUUCUUUUUUAAUGUGUAAUUUGACCAAGUUAUAAAGCAUUUUUCUGUUAAAAAUCCCCUCCUUAAAUGGAGCUAUAAGGUGGCCAAAUCUGAGAACCAUUCAAUUCAUUCUAGUUAUAAUAAAUUUAAUAUUUGUAAAUGUAAUGUAGUUUCAGUGUGAUUUCUAGAGCUAAUUCAGAAUAAUACUGAUUUAUGUGAUUGCAUUUUUGGGGGGGGUAAAGGAAUCAUCUAAUUUGUCCAUAUUCAAAAAACAAUCUUUAAUGGGAGAAUUUUCAAUUUGCCCAGUUUUCCCUUGAAUGGGUUUUAGUGUGCUACAAUAUACAGUUCCGGCAAAAUAUAAAGAUUUAAUUAUCUUCAGUACUUAAGUGUGCUUGUUUUCUAGUGCCUUGGUUUUCUUUCUUGAUGCUGGAGAAAUAAACCAGUGUUGGGUGUUUGGGGAGUAGAAAGUAACUACAAUCAGCAGCUUAAAAUUUUAAUUCUGCUUCUCAAUAGCCGUUCAAAAGUCUAUUAACAAAAACGUGAGCCUAAUUUGGCAGUUUGUCAGGUUAGACAACUGACAGCCUCAUUUCAUUCCUACAAGUGUGGUUUUAGUAAUUCCCCUCUCCUCCCAAUAAGGCUGGAAGGAGUUCUUGGACGCCUGGAAAAGGCUCUUCGUAAACCUCUUGCUUUCUUAGUGCAAGCAAUGGUUGGAUAAACUUGUGAGGCAGCUCUUUAUGUUAAAAUAUUCAGAGGUAGAGAAUAUUAUAUUUAUAGAGGAAAUGGCCAUUUGGGGCAUUCCAAGGACUUAACCCUAAUUGUCCAAUACUUAGGUGCUCCCUAUACAAAAAAAAAAAAAAGGAAUAGAAGCUGUCCACCUUUCCAUAAGAG